CAUUCCAGUAAGCACCACAGGGAAACAGCCUUUCAAGGAGGAGGCAUGAAUGGGACAGCCAUUGAGAAUUUUGUCUGUGUCAUUUUUAAUGUUUCCUUCAUGAACUGCACCUGGCAUGUGGGCAGGGCUGCUACAGAAGAUACCCAAUAUUUCCUGUACUGGAGGUCCUCAAAGAAAGAAGACAUCACAGAAUGCCAAAAUUACAUCAAAGAUAAUUAUGGAAGGCACACAGGAUGUCAAUUCCAAAAUGUGACAAUAGAAAUGCGGCUUGCUUAUUUCCUGGUAAAUGGGUCUAGAAGCGGACAAAACAUUCAGCCAUAUGAGAAGAAGAUAAUGCUGUACCAAAUUGAAAAGCUCACCCCUCCAUUAAAUGUCAUGGUGAAUUGUACAGAAGCUUCUCACAGAUGUAGUAUUUCAUGGCAACCACCUCACACAAGCCACGUGAAAAUAAGUAGUUGUUUCAAAUAUGAAAUUUUCAUAGAAAACAAGACAGUAAUUGUUGAAAAGAACUUUUACCUGUAUGAGAGCUUCAGCCCAGGAAAAAGGUACAGCGUCAAAAUCAGAGCAACUGAUGCGGGCUUUUGUAUGGUGAGCCCAAGCUGGGGAGAGUGGAGUACACCCGUGGAGUUUGGCAUGAAUGGGUCAGCCAUUGAAAACUUCUCCUGUGUSAUCUAUAACAUUUUCCUCAUGAACUGCACUUGGCAGGCAGGAAGGGAUGCUCCAGCAGAUACACARUAUUUCCUCUACUGGCAGAAGUCAAGAUAUGAUGAKGAGAUGGAAUGUGAGCUUUACAUUAAAGAYGAAAAUGGCAGAAAUAUGGGAUGUGUCUUCCAAAACGUGAGCAUAGGUACUGAAAAAGCUUACUUCAUGGUGAAUGGGUCCAGCAAAGACUCCCUGAUGCAGUUCUAUGAUGAGUACAUUGAUCUGUAUAAAAUUGAAAAGCUCAUGCCUCCAUCAAGAAUCACAGUCAGCUGUGAUGAAAUUAAAAAUGAUUGCAUCAUUCAAUGGCAACGACCCCAAAUAAGUCAUUCGAACAAAGACAAGUGUUUUAAAUAUGAAAUCAGCAUAAAGUAUAAGGAUAGUCCUAAAGGAAAACCCAUCUAUACUUCUAUACAAGAAGGGGGAAAUARCCACACAUUUCCAAGAUCCAAUACAAGAAAGAAACAUCUCUUGAAAAUGAGAGCAKCUGGCAGUGCCUGCCUGGUGAACCCAUCCUGGGGGCAGUGGAGUGCACCUGUUGAGUUUGGAAAUGAAGAAAUUAUAUCUUCUUCAGUAUGGAUUUUACUUGUGGUAGCAAUUGUGACACUCUCAAUGUCAAUUGUCACAAUUUUGUUCUGCAAAAGGACUGGCUGUUGGAAAGCAGCAUUUCCACAAAUCCCAGGACCAAAAAACGCUUUUUUUACACUGUCUGAUGCAAACCCAGAGRUAAUGGAGAGCAAAACUCAGUCAAUAACAUCUGAAAAUGAAGAGAUAAUAUUAGUUGCUGACAUCACAAGAUAACCAAGAAAAAUGGAGGAGUCUGCAAGUGCAAUUCUUAGACUACUGUAUAUUCCUGUGAAAAGUCCUGAAUAAUAAAUAGGCUUUCUUCACUUCCUUCUUUUUCAACACU